GAAAAAACCCAGAGGGGGAAGUACCUACAAAAUUUCCAUACUGUAUUUAUUGAAAAAGAAAGUAAAGGUUAAAUGUUUACCUUGAGCUGACUGAGCUGACUAUAAUCAUUUUACCAAUUCGUAAUGUAUCAUAUUCCUGACUACCAAGAGAACCUGUCCCUGAGACUGUCUGAGGUCCUUGAUGAUAUUGGUGUUAAUGAGGAAAUCUUGCUAAAGAGGAGAAGGGCUGUCUUACUGGGGGAAACUAUGUGGACAAUUACAUAUAGGUCUAUAGAUAAAAGGGUUUCAGUACAAAUGUUUGGCAGUGCUUCUGAGGGCACAACAACAACAGGACUUAAUUCUGAUGUAGACCGUCUAGGCUGUUUUUAUGGUUACAAUGUGAUACAGAACUAUGCAGAAUGGGAACCUGGCUUCACUAAUCUACUGAUGAUCCAGGAUAAAACUACAUCACCAGGUUACUGUCUUCUACAACGGAUCAGAGAUGAUGUACCUCUUCUUGCUAAACAUGUUCUAGAUGAGGACUUUGUUAGAGACGCAAAUGGAAGGGUGUUGCUAAAGAAUACUUUACAUAGAGACUUUACGCCUGCAUAUGCUGUAGAACAUGGUCCAUCAUGGGCUACACAAGGAGUACCUGGAACUAAAGACACUGACACUGUUCCUGCCUUCAAUUGUAAUUCAUGGCCCUAUGAAGCAAGAGCCUGGUUAGAAAGACAAGGGAUAGGAAGAUGGCCCACUGCAGACAUGAAGAGAUUUGCAGUAAAUAAUGGAUGUUUUGUUGUUCCUGUUGCAAGUAAAGUCAGCCAGAAUCCAGAGAUUGAAUGGAGAAUUUCUACUUCACAAGCAGAGAGAUGUUUAAUGUUUAGUUUAAACAUUACACAAAUACGCUGUUAUGUAUUGAUGAAAAUGUUUUUGAAAACAUUUCUUCAUCAUGCAGGUGAAAGUCACAUUACAAGUUUUAUGUGUAAAACAGUUCUGUUACAUUGUAUUGAAAACACACAUUCAAAUGCAUGGCAAGAAAAUAAUUUAUUUACAUGUUUAUCAUGUUGUUUACAUGUACUAUACAAGUGUUUACAACAAGAUAUCUGUCCACAUUUCAUUAUACCAGAAAACAACCUGAUGGCAGGCCAGUUUUCGCCUGAAGUCAAAGCUCUGUUGCUAGAAAGAAUGUUUCACUUAAUACAAAGUGAUGGACAAGCAUUGCUUGGAGUUCAGAUUGAUGACCUCGGCCAAAGACUACAGAUCAAACUGAACAUGUUAGAUCAGAUACCAGGAAAUACUCCAUCUAAAAAGGAAAUCUGUCAAAACAUUUCAGGAGGAUUAUUACUGGACACAGCUAUAACAAUCACUGAAUGUAGUAGCAUAAUAUUAUCAAAAACAAUUCAAAACAGUCCUGCAACAAUGGUACAGAACUUGCUCAAUGUAAUAACAAAUUAUAAGAGAUAUUACAGAGAAGGAAGUUACUUAGAACAGAGAGCAUGCAGUCUUCUAGCACGAUUGGUCUGCUCAACACUGGGAACCACAAUAGCCUCCAUAAAUAUUCAGACCAACAACACCAUACCUCCAGAAGCACUGGACUGGUUAUCUGCAGGUUUGAAUUCUGAUGUUGCCUCUGGUAGACUGAAACUUGCAUCUGUUCUAUACAGUGUUGGGAAUAAGGUAGAAACAGAAUUCAUUUUAAGAGAUAUGGAGAGAUGUUAUGGCUUUGAUAAUGUGGAGUCUGCGUGUUACUGCUGUAAUUUCAAAGCAUCUACAGAUUUGAAAAUGUUAUAUCAAAAUGAGGAAGUUGUUAGAAGUGUUUGUGCAUUCUGUGUCCAAUUUAUUCCUGCUGAGAUUCAUUGUGUUCCACAGGAACUGCAGUAUGAAAUGUACCGAUCAACUCAAGAUGACUUGCUGCAUAGAGAUGAACAUGCAGACUACUGGAUGGACUGGGCAGUUGUAGAAUCUCUGCCUUACCUCUAUUUCCUACAAUACAAGACCUACAGACACCUUCAGAGGGUUGAUGAUCAGCAUCAAGCACUUACUAAUCUUGCUAGAACAACUGAAACAAGGAGAAACCUUGGUCACAAGGAAACAGGCCUGAAUCUACUUGGCCAGUGCAUGGAACAGGAGAACCAACCUAACAAAGCUUUACUCUGCUACAUGAUGUCACUGAAGGUUAGAGAAAGAAAUAAUGCAGCAAAAGUCCACAUCUGCAGACUUCUAGCAAACUUCAUUAGAUCUAUAUCAUAAGCCUAUCAUUUUACAACAGCAUAAAAAGAUAACUUUGACAAACCAAACAAAAUCUGUAUAUACCAUAAAACUUCUGCCUUUCUUUGUAAGGCAGUUGACAAAAUGUAUCAUUUUCAAUGAAGUAUUAUUUUCAAUGUACAAUGGAAUAGUACAAUUUCUGUAUCAGUCUCUAAAUAAAGCCCGAACAAUAGUCUUCAAGGUUGGACUGUGGUCUGCACAAAGUUUCUUCAUAUUUCUGAAAAUCUGGAGUGAUGGCAUUACGUCAUUUUUUAGGAUCCGGGUGAUACAGAAUUAAGCCAGAAUCCAGCACAUAGCAAUGUAAAUCACGGCACAAAUAAAAUAGGGUUAUUAUAACAGUAGCUUGAUCUGGGAUGCAGUAUUCAGCUCGAGUGGAUUUUGCCAGAUUGGAUCUCACGAGGGGCGCAAGCGCAGAGUGUGAUCCAACCUUGCAAAUUCCACGGGAGCCGAAUACAAAGUCCCAGAUCUGGCUACUGUUAUAAUGACCCUUUUAUUAUAUACCUUUACCAUUUUGAUUCUUGUUUUGUUCUUGAACGAAUGUUUAUCGAUAUUAAAUAGAACUUAGUGAAGUUUUUAUGUGCGCUAUUUAUAGUAAUGUGUCUGAUGAUAUAUAUUAAUGAAAAUAGUCCGGCAUCAUGCAAUACAGAAGGUACAAUACGGAAUUCAAAAGGUACAAUACGGAAUUUUUGUCUGUCUCUUCAUAUUUAAUUGUGAAAUACAAGCGGAUUUUUUACAGAAUUUAUAUAGGUAUAUGAUAAAAUUACAAUACAUGUAUAUGUGUUAAAUAAUACAAUCAGCAAUGUUAUACUAUCUAUCUACAGGAGAGAUCGCCGUGACAGGGUUUUCCCUCGGAAAUUUUGAUAGGGGGUCAUUAUGACCCCUUAAUGUUUGACUUUGAGGAUCAUUUUCAAUUUCAAGGGGUCAUUUUUCAAGUUUAAAAAAAAAAUAUGAACAAGAGCUCGUCGAACACGAAAUGCCCCCCUUGAUGCAUUUAGUAAUUGCACAAGGAACAGAAAUUAUAUGCUCACUGUAAACAAAAGUUCUACCAUUCUGGUUUAAUCUGACCUUGACCUUUAACCUAUUAACUUAAUAAGAGAUUACAGAUUGAUCUUGGCGCCAUCCACUGAGCCAUUUUUGAUUGUUCCAAAUUUCAAGACAAGCUCAAGGUCAAAAUCAAGGUCAAAUUUCAUUUAGGUACAAAACAAUGUGUAUGUGGUCCAAAUUUGAAAGCUGUGGCUUGAGAAAUGUGAAAGCAGGUCACUAGAUCAAUUUCAAGGUAAAGUUCAUUUCGGUAAACAGAACUAUGCCUGUGCUUCAAAUUUGGAGGCUGUAGCUUGAGAAAUGUGAAAGUAGGUAAUAGAUAAAAAUCAAUGUAAAAUUUCAAUUCAGAACACAAAAAUAUGCAAUGCAGUCCAAAUUUGAAGCCUGUACCUUCAAAAAUGUGAAAGUAGGUCACUAGGUCAAUCUUAAGAUCAAAGUUCAUUUCGGUACAUAAAACUAUGCAUGUGGUUCAAAUUUGAAGGCUGUAGCUUGAGAAAUGUGAAAGUAGGUCACUAGGUCAAAAUCAAGGUCAAAUUUUAUUUCGGAACACAAAACUAUGCAAGUGGUUCAAAUUUGAAGCCUGUACCUUCAGAAAUGUGAAAGUAGGUCACUAGGUCAAUCUCAAGAUCAAAGUUCAUUUCAGUACACAAAAGUACGCUUGUGGUUCAAAUCUGAAGGCUAGCUGUAGCUUGAGAAAUGUGAAAGUAGGUCACUAGGUCAAAAUCAAGGUGAAAUUUUAUUUUGGAACAAAAAACUAUGUACGUGGUCCAAAUUUGAAACCUGUACCUUCAAAAAUGUGAAAGUAGGUCACUAGGUCAAUAACAAGGUCAAAGAUUUUUUCAGUACACAAACCUAUGCAUGUGGUCCAAAUUUGAAGGCUGUAGGUACAGAAAUGUGAAAGUAGGUCACUAGGUCAAGAUCAAGGUCAGCUCAUGUCAAGGUUCAUCUUGCCACUCAAAACUAUACAUGUGGUCCAAAUUUGAAUGAUGUAAGUUAUGGACAUGAAGUUUUUCCCUAUAUAAGUCUAUAUGAACCAUUUGACCUCUCAGCCAGGGCCAUAUUUGACCCGAGAGGGAUAACUUGAACAAACUUGGUAGAGAACCACUAAAUGAUGCUACAUUACAAAAUACCAAAGCCAUAGACUUUGUGCUUUGGACAAGAAGAUUUUCAAAGUUUUUCCCUAUAUAAGUAUAUAUAAACCAUGUGACCCCCAGGGCGGAGCCAUAUUUGACCCUAGGGGAAUAAUUUGAAUAAUCUUAGUAGAGGAUCACUAGAUGAUGUCAUACACAAAAUAUCAAAGCCCUAGGCCAUGUGGUUUUGGACAAGAGGUUUUUCAAAGUUUUUUCCUAUAUAAGUCUAUAUAAACCAUGUGACCCUAGGGGUGGGGCCAUAUUUGACCGCAAGGAAAAAAUCUGAACAAUCUUGGUAGAGGACCACUAGAUUUUGCUACAUACCAAAUAUCAAAGCCCUAGGCCCUAUGGUUUUGGACAAGAAGAUCAGAAACCAUUUAACUGUUCCUGGCCAAUGUGACCUUGACCUUUGACAUACUGACCUCAAAAUCAAUAGGGGUCACCUGCUGGUCAUGACCAACCUCCCUAUCAACUUUCGUGACCCUAAGCCUAAGCGUUCUUGAGUUAUCAUCCGGAAACUGUUUUACUGUUCAGGGUCACUGUGACCUUGACCUUUAACAUACUGACC